AUGGACGUGGAACAUGACACUGGUGGCGGCCCACCGGCCGGAAAACCGCCGGAACCCACACGGCGACCAACGUUUAAGGAGAAAGUGCUCGGGAAGGAGACCAUUGAGAAAAGGAAACAAGUUCAAAAUCUGGUGGACGUGGGCAUCAUGAAGAAGGACUUCAUCGACGGGAAUAGUUAUUUCCCUAUGUUUGACUUCAAGGAAAACAGUGUCUAUGAUGAAAUCUGCAAACCAUGGGUGAACUGUUUGGUGGUGAAAUUACUUGGUAAACAUAUUGGGUACAAGGCUCUGUGUGAACGUCUCAGGAUGCUAUGGAAACCGGCAGGAGGAGUGGAGGUACGUGACUUACAUCAUGGAUAUUUCCUAGUCCAGUUUGACGUUCUGGAAGAUACAGAGCGAGCCAUGACGGGUGCUCCUUGGAUGAUUUAUGAUCAUUAUCUGGCUGUGAAGCCAUGGACGCCGGAUUUCGUCGCUGCGAACUCGGAAAUCAGCACAACAGCGGUUUGGAUACGUAUACCGGGCCUUGGUUUCCAAUUUUAUGAUGAGAGUAUUCUUGUUACGUUAGCAUCUGCUGUUGGUACCCCCAUCCGGGUAGACAUGAACACCGUGGAUAUGCAAAGGGGGAAGUAUGCGCGAGUUUGCGUUGAAAUUGAUUUAAACAAACCAGUUCUUGGUAGGGUUGGGUUACGUGGUGUUUGGUAUAACAUUGAAUAUGAGGGAUUGCACCUCUUAUGCUCGAAUUGUGGCUGCUAUGGCCAUCUUGCUAGGCAGUGCACAGGAACGCCAGUUCCACAACCGCAGACCCGCACACAAACUGCCACUACGGUUUCGCCGACGGCCACGGCGACGGUUGCGGCAACAACUCAGGAUACCCGCCAAGGAACAACCCUAGAACCCGACCAACAGAUGACUGAGGGCGUUGACCCUGGCGUGAAAGUCGCGAGGAUUAAUUGCCCGGAAUCAGCGCAUGGUGAUUGGAUGUCAGUUACCAAAAAGGUAUGGAAAAAUCAGAAUUCAAAGCCUAGGAAUCCGUUGGGGAAUAUUCCUAAGUCUGUGCGUGCGCCUAGUAGAAAUCAAGGUGGGAAAAAAGGUUUUAGCCAGCAGGGAGGGGCAGGGGUAUCCCAUGAUGUGCACAGUGGGGCCAUGCAAGUUGGAGCAGCAACUGAAACAGCCAUCUCUCUCAAUACGAAGGUGGCACCUUCUGGUAGGAAGAGAACAAGAAAGGAGACAACCUCACAGGGCCAGUGA